GACACCUUGGGGUCCCGAGCUGACUGACACCUCACUCUGCGUUCUAAGCAGGGAGGGCGCCUGCGUCUACCCCUGUCCCCCGAGCCGCGUCGCGGGGCCCACACAGGGCGCCCACCUACACAUCGAAGCUCCUAGGAGGAGCAGGAGUGGGUGUGGGGGAUGGAAAAGGCGAAGACGCUGUCCUGGAGACUCGGAACUUUGACUGCGUAUGGAUGGAGCAAGGCGUGGAGCGAGUGGCAGAAAUAAGGGGCCACGUGUGAAGGCUUCGAAGCCCUGCGAGGGAGUUAUCCUCGGGAGCUUCAGGAUGGUUCAUGCUAAGAGCUGGACCCUGAAGAAGCACUUUGUAGGCCACCCUACUAAUAGUGACUUUGAAUUGAAGACAGUACUUUUGGAUUUGGGCUGCAAAGUUGUUGGAGCAGCAGGGUCUGACAAAAGGGUUGCCUGCCUUGAAAAGUAUGGAUUUGAUGUUGCCUUUAACUACAAAACAGUAAAGUCUUUAGAAGAAACUUUGCAAAAAGCCUCUCCUGAGGGUUAUGAUAGUGAUUUUGAUAAUGUGGGUGUAGAGUUUUCCAACGUUGUUAUCCCCCAGAUUAAGAAAUUUGGAAGACUUGCUAUACGUGGGCCCAUCUCUACAUAUAACAGAACCGGCCCCCUUCCCCCAGGUAAUGAGCCCACCCCGGAGGCCACCAUCUUUAAGGAGCUUCACUUCGAAGGCUUCCCCGUCUACUGCUGGCAAGGAGAAGUCCGCCAGGCUCUGAAAGGCUUGCUGACAGGGGUCUCAGAGGGUAAAAUCCAGUACCAUGAACACAUCACUGAAGGAUUUGAAAACAUGCCAGCUGCAUUUAUGGGAAUGCUGAAAGGAGAGAAUCUGGGGAAGCAAUAGUGAAAGCAUGAACAAAAAUGACACAUGGAAUCUAGAAAUCAUUUGGAUGUUUACUUAGUUUCUUUAUAAUCAUUUAGUAAAAGGACAGACUGAUGACACCCAAACGCAAUACAUGCUGGACCAGAAACCAGAAGUCAAGAGCAGUUCCUCGACCAGGGAUUGAACCCAUGCCCUGGCAGUGAAAGUACAGAGUCCUAACCACUGGACUGCCAGUGAAUUCCCAAGAGGAUAUAUUUUAACUUUUGAUAAUACUUACCAUUUUUUCUUUGAUGGUUAAGUGCUUUUAGUCUUUCACCUAAGAAAUCUUUGCCUAUCUGUAGGUCAUGAAAUUUUUCUCCCAUAUUUUUAUUCUGUAAGUUUUACCUUUUUAGCUUUUAUGUUAGAUCUGUGAUGGAGCAGGGAAUAGGGGAUUGGGAUUGACUGCAAAGGGGCAAAAGAUAAUUUUCUGGGGUGAUUUCAAUGUUCUGUUGGGAUGGGGAUAACAUAAGGGUGGACAUUUGUCAAAACUCAUUAAACAGUACAUUUAAAUGCAUGCAUCUUAUUGUAUAUAAAUUAUAUGUCAAUAAAGUUAACUUUUAAAAAGAAGAAAAAUAGGUCCAGUACAAAAUUUAGGCCACAAGACAGGAGCUUCCUUGCUACCAAAGUGCUACGGACUCCUGGCUUACUUGU